AUUUUGUCGACAUCGAAGCGGUUGCAUCUGCUUGUCUCCUCAGCCGACAGAAUGCGUUUCCACUUGCAUGCAGCUCUAGGAUUGGCGGUCCUCGCCAGCUCGGCAUCCUGCCAGCCCACGACUUCCACGGCACCCACGGCCAAGGUGCGUAAUGGGACGUAUGCGGGUGUCAGCCUGUCGGGCUUCAAACAGGACGCGUUCCUGGGCAUGCCCUAUGCCCAGGACACUGGCGGUCAGAACCGGUUCCGCGUGCCGCAAGCACUCAACACGAGCUGGAGUGGUGUCCGCACCGCUCAGAACUACGGCAAUGCUUGUCCCGACCCCGAUCCCACCGACGCCCUGUACGGGAUGAGCGAGAACUGCCUAAGCAUCAAUGUCGUGAGGCCGACCAAGAAGGCCUCCGACAAGGCGCCGCUGCCGGUGGUGGUCUGGAUUCACGGCGGCAGCUACCACUACGGCACCACCGGCCUGCCGUCCUACAACCUGUCGUACAUCGUGCAGCAGUCCGUGGCGAUGGGCAAGCCCAUCCUGGCCACCAGCAUCAACUACCGCAAGGGCGGAUGGGGCAACAUGUACAGCAUCGAGGUGCAGGGCAGUGGGCAGACCAACCUGGCGCUGCGCGACAUGCGGCAGGCGCUGGCGUGGAUCCAGGAGAACAUUGCGGCCUUUGGCGGCGACCCUAAGCGCGUGACUAUCUGGGGCGAGUCGUCCGGGUCCUUUGCCGUCGGCCAGCUGCUGCUCAGCUACGGCGGACGCACUGAUGGGCUGUUCCACCGCUCGAUCCAGGAGAGCGGCGGCGCUACCACGGCCUGGUACAACGGGACCGACUGGUACCAGCCGACCUAUAACACGAUCGUGGACGCCGUUAACUGCACCGAUGCUGUUGACACCCUGGAUUGCCUACGCACUGUGCCCUACGACAAGCUCGCCCCGCUCAUCGAUCCUAACCUAUAUCCGGGACCAGGUUGGUACCCGACCGUCGAUGGCGACAUUAUGCCCCAGUUCCCUACAGAACUCUACGCCCAAGGCAAGUUCGCGCAUGUGCCACACAUCUACGGCACCAACUCGGAUGAAGGCACCGACAAUGCGCAGCCCGGCAUCAACACUGACGACGAGCUGCGCGAGUGGCUCCAGAGGGAAGUGGGCUUCGGCUACCCAGCGUCUGUCGUAGAACGCAUCAUGCAGCUCUACCCAGACGACCCUGCCCAGGGAGUCCCAAUCAACACGGGGCUUCAGACAUUCGAAGACAUGGGCCGCGGCAAGCAGUACAAGCGUGUGGCGGCCAUCGCCGGCGACAUCUUCUACCACGGGCCACGACUGGCUGAGGCGCGCAGCUAUGCGCAAUACAACCCCAGCAACACCUUUGUGUACCGCUUCAACACCCGCGGAUACCUCCCCGCCACGACGGACGCUAACGGCACCGUGACGCCCGCGGGACUCAACUUUGACUAUCUGGGUGUGGAGCACGCAACCGAAGUCCCGUUCGUGUUCAACAACCCCGAUGGCGUGGGGCCGUGGCCGGAAUACCGCGCGCUGAGCACUGCCAUGAGCGGCAUGUGGAUCAACUUCGUGAAUAGCGGCAAUCCGAAUGGGAAGGGCGUGCCCGCGUGGCCGCGGUAUGCCGAUGGUCCAAAGGGCAAGAACUUGGUGUUGCAGACUCGGAGCCAGGGAGGAUUCUAUGUCGAGGAUGAUACAUACCGUCUGCAGGGGCGGGAGUAUCUGAGUCUAUGGGCUAAGCGACGACAUGUCUAGUCAACCCCGUUGAGAGAAACCUCAAGACUCUGGGGCCUAAUAUCAAGAUAGCUAGAUAUGACAGUAACAUCGGACAAGGCUGUGGGUUCUUGCCGGCUGAAUCGACUAGUGUCGUGAAUACAAACGUUGCAGGCCAAACAUAAGUGGAAAGUCCAAUGGAGUUAAUGGCAUGGCCCCCCAAAUUAUCCAAUCAGGUCAAUUAGCUCCAGCGGCCGGAUCGCCCUUACAUCAUGGCGCACUCGUUUCGUGUCGGGCCGUCGCGGUCCACUCAUAGCCGCCGCUAGAUUUCGAGUAGAGCUUGUUGUUGCGUCAUGAUAGAAAUCUAGCGGGCAAGAGUCUCCAC